AUGAAUUUACACUCCAAAAAGAUUUCAUUAAUGAUUAUAGCUACAGGACUUUCUGCAAUGUUCGUGUUAUUGCUUGCAACAGAAGUGAUAUUUGAUCAAUCGUUAUUAUCUGCAUCUCUUUUGCUACCAAUACUUAUACUAGUUCUACACGGUGUUGCCUUAGGCUAUACAAUUCUUAAAUUUACUAAGUACUCAUUGCUCGUAUCUGGUGGUGUCUUUGUUAUUUGUUUAGGACUGACAAUUGUUAUGUUUCUUAUGAAACAUUCAGUAGGAUUUUAUCUGAUAGAAAAGGUUGAGGCAGAUACAAUAAUAAAUGCAAAUGAUGAUGAUGCUAAAAUCAAUACAGUAAAAGCAUACACAGAAAAAAAAUCUACAUCAGUACUUUUUUAUGAGAUCGGCAAAUCUUCAAAUACUGGAAAGGCAGUGGAUGAGAAAAAAAUUUCCGAGACUUGCAAAAACUUUAUAAACCAAGUACGUGACAAGUGUAAGUCGAAUAAAAAUCCUAAGGUUCCAGUCAUAGUUAAAUUGGAUGCUCCUAGUGAUUUUGAAAUUUCUUUUGAUGAAAAUCUCAAAAAAUAUUGCAAAAUGCUUCAAUCUAUUUUCUAUUCUAAAUUUUCUAAAAAUUUGGUUAUUUUGAUACCUAUAAAUGAUAUAAAUGAUUUGGGAAAGAAUGGAUUUAAGAGGAGUACAGAAAAUAAGCUAUUAACAAGUAAUCCAUAA